UAUCUGAAUUCUGUAGCUCAAUUAUAGCAAAAAGAAAGAGAGAGAGAGAGAGAGAGAAAUUUUAAUAAGAGAAAAAAAUGGAGUGCUGUAGGGAAAGGCCAAAUAGGAGUGACGAUCACUUGUCGGUGGAAGAAGAAGCAAAGUUGGAAGCAAAGGCAAGAGAGUACUUUGAUGAAGCAGCUCCAAAGCGCCACACUAAGCCUCAGCGUAGUGAGUAUUCUACUCAAUAUGUCGAUGCUCUCUCUAACUCAAACUCAAAUAAUGACAACAACAACAACAACAACAACAACAAUUUCAUCCCCGAACUCGUUGAGUUUCAGCGUCUCGAAAAUGAUCCUCAGAAGCUGAUCUACAAUGGAGGCAAAGUGACAGAGGAAUUUGUGGAGACAGAGUAUUACAAGGAUCUCAACUGUGUUGACAAAGAGCACCACACGACAGGAACAGGGUUCAUCAAAAUGGGGGACAAUAAUGGCCAAUGCUUCCACCUAGAACCUGAGUCUGUGACCAGCUGCCACACCUCUUGCCAAUGUAACCCAGCCACUAAUGAUUGGAUUCCUGGUUCUGCUAAUACGGUAAUUCAUGCUUCAGACAAGCCAAAAAGGAGUGAGAAUUAAAAAUUUGGAGAAUGGGUGCCAUUCUGAUUCAGCCAUUGUUUUCAAUAAAGAUCUAGAAUUUGCAUAUUUUCUAGGCAUGUUUAUUGUGACUUCGUAUGAAAAAUGUCUGUUGGAUAUGAAAUGGUAUCUGCGUGGUACCUGCUUGGGUUUAAGAGAGGUAAGGAUGGUUGUGUUUGGACUGUGCUAUGUAGCCUUUGUACUCAGAUUCUAGCUCUUAAGAAAAUUCUCCUUCUUGGUCUAAAGAGGGAAACAUUUUAUCAA